AUGCCUCACCCCCGCUUGCAGACGUGCAAGACUACAAAUGAAGCUACAAUGCAACGAUCUGUGUGGUUAUUCGCGGUUCAGACGAUGAUGAAGGAGAACGCCAUCCCGAAGUGCGCCUUCUCGCUCAAAUGGAUGGACAACUCGGCGCUCGAGUGCAUAGCCCUUUCUCCUCGCCUCUUCUAUAAUUGCAUUGUGCGCACGAGGACUGAUCUCGCCGAGCCACGCAGCGUGCAGUUACUCCUUGAUCAUAUGAGCAAGACGGCCUGGAACCACGAACACCAACGCACGCCGGGAUACACUGCCGUUUUCCUUGUUCCAGGAGGAAGAUAUCUGGUCACAUCGGGGCGUGUUACUUCAGAGCAUGAGACUUUGCGUACAGUUAUCGACUUGUGGGACCUUGGGCUACCCGGAAAUAGAGGAAGGAACAAAUUGUUAGCGAGUUCUGUCAUAGGCGACGCGGACUUGCAACCUCGAUUAGUCGUACCCACUCCAGACGGGAACGGAUUGCGGCUCAUUUCAGCGACUGCAGAUAGGAUCUACGUCCAUGAACUUCUGCCAGAUCCAUUUCAUGCAGAAUGUAUGCUACCAGCGUGUAGCUCUGGACCACCGGGCGAUUCGAUUCUGUCCCUCUCUUUCUCGAACAAUAGAUUGGCGUACCUUCUUCGAUCCUGGACCAUCAUAAUAAGUGACAUAGAAGAUGGCUCAUUUUGCACCCUGAAGACUCCGCUGGGACGGGAACCGAUGACCUCCACGACCUCGCUCAAGCUAUUCGGAGACUCCAUCGUCCUGGCUUAUCAAGGGAAGAUCUUUCAUUGGAACGUCCAUCAUUUGCAAAGGCAUAGGUGCUCCGACGUUCGAAAUGGGGUCCAUAUCCGAAGCAUGCGGCCAGACGCGAUCUACUCGAACUUACUCCAUAACAACUUGAAACGCGUCGGCUCGUUUAUCAACGACGGAUUUGACGACACUGGCCUCACCUUCCUUCCGCACAGUGCUUGGUCUUCGUUUCAAUGGCGCCCCAGUUCACAACUAUCUUGGAAUCAUUUGUGGCGGCAGGUUCGAAUUUUACAAGCUUCAAUCCCUUGGAGACUCCAAGGCAAGAAUUCAGGGUGUACCGAACGCUUUCCCCGUCCACCAGCCGAUGUCCGAUGGAUUGGACGUGCACCAAGAGGUCGGAGAGCUCCGUGA